UGUUACUUUAUUUACUGUUGAAUUCCCAAAAGGGGAAAUACAACACACUUAAUUUACUCUGCAGCUGUUUUUCACAUAGCUCAGAUUACUCAACGCACGUUUUCCCCGGGUAGUUAUUUCAGUACCGAAUGGAAAUGCAACAAUAUCAGGUGUUCUUUUGCCUGUGCCUCGGCUUGCUCUUGAGUCUGAGAACGUGCCUGGCCAUAGAUUUCUGUGACAUUCCUUCCUGCGGGGGAAGGACACACAUUGGAUGCAAUAACAGUUUGAUUUUCAAUGUGGACAAGUGUCUGCGCUUCAAUGACCUGGUGAAUAUGCAGAGUUUCCGUCGAUACCUGCUGACCGUGCACAACAAGUACCGCCAGGAUGUGGCCAGCGGGCGGUUGAAGAGGCUGCCGUCGGCUCUGAAGAUGCCCGAACUGGUCUGGGAUGAUUAUCUGGCCCUGCUGGCCGAGUAUCACCUGAAGCGGUGCCAGAUUGAGCUGCCGAGCAACUCUUGCGUGGCCACCGAUGACUUUCCCAAUGCAAACUUUAACUACGGCGAAGACUUCUUUGCCAGACCCCAACGAAAACAGUCCAAUGUGCGUCAUAUGACCCUUCUCACCGAGGAGUGGAUGGACGAGGUCUAUGACCUGGAAACUAUUGAUACGGAUGCAGCGAGUGAUAACAUCGCUAACAUUAUCGCCGAUCGCGUCACGCACAUGGGUUGUGCCGCCGGACAGGACUACGACCUGUGGAACGUUCACUUUGCCCUCUACUGUUACUAUAGCUCAGGACCUCCUUUGCACGAUACCCUCUACGAAAAGGGCAGCUUCAAUGUCAGUCUGUGUGCCCACGGGAAAAGCGAAGAAUACGAAAACCUCUGCAAGACUCUACCCCUAAAUCACUGACUCACAGCAUCGCCAGGAAAAAUAAAUAUUGCAAAGGCUUUGGGUAUAAUUAAA